AUGGUGGCCAUUACGAAAUUCCUUUGGCUGGCUCUGGCUACCACUACUGCCACUGCUGCAGCUAUCGUUCAGCGCGAUGUUAUUACCGUUCAGAACGAUAUUAAGCAAAAGAUUGGCCCAAUUUGGACUACCCUCAAGAGCGACAUCGAUGCUUUCCCGAACAGCGGCUCAAAAGGAGAAGCUGCAAUUCAGUCAGGCUUUGGUGACGCGAUUCUUGCUCUGGAAGGGACAACAGCCGAUAUCAAAUCUACUGGUUCAUUUGGCCUCGUCUCUGGCACAACUAUCUUUGCCGACAUUGAACUGCUCGUGCCCACCUUUUUGUCUGCGCUCGUGACACUAGUAGCGCAAAAACCAACUUAG